AUGAAAAAGUGGUUAUUAGAUAUAGGGAGAAACUUUCUGCUGGGUAAUAAUGGCACUAGAGCUAAUUUGGUUAUGGAUGAUCCCCCACCGGACUAUAGGAGACCAACUACACCAAUUGUGACUCUACAGUUAUUAAUUGCCUCAUUAUUGGGCCUUUUUGCAUUUAUAUCAUUCUCCAUCCUAUUGAGAAGAUUUCCGAAGUUAUAUGCUAGCAGGAAGUAUAGAAUACCGUCGCUUCCUGAUUGGAAUGAGAAGUCACUGUUUGGAUGGUUACCGGUACUUUACCGAAUUACCGAUCAACAAGUGCUUGAAUAUGCAGGCUUAGAUGCAUUUGUUCUUCUGGGCUUUUUCAAAAUGAGCAUUAAAUUUUUGUCAGUUUGCUGUUUUCUGUCGAUGACUAUAAUUUCCCCUAUAAGGUACUCUUUUACUGGAAGAUAUGAUGAUGGUAACGAUGGUGAUGGAGGUAACGGAACUGGUACUUAUUAUGCGUCGAGUGUACUUAAGGAGCUCCCUAUACCUGAAUACGAUGGCGGUAAUGAGGAUGCGCCAGAAAGAGCGGAAGUGUAUCUCUGGAUGUAUGUUGUGUUUACGUUCUUUUUCACUCUCUUGGCAUUGUACAUGCUAGUUGAACAAACGAAGAUCGUUGUCAAAACUAGACAGCAAUACCUUGGGAGACAAAGAGCUAUUACAGAUAGAACUAUCAGGUUAUCUGGAAUCCCCAUGAAACUGAGAAAUGAACAGAAGUUAAAACAGCACAUAGAGGGGCUAAAAAUUGGCAAGGUUUCCUCUAUUACUAUUUGUCGUGAAUGGGGAUCUCUAAAUAGAUUAUUCCAUUACAGAAGUCUUGUACUAAAUGUAUUAGAACUCAAAAUAAGUGAUUGCCCUUCUGAGUUAAGGAGAGAGCAGAUAUAUUCAGAGGAGCAUUAUACCCUGAGAAGAAGACGGAAUUUAGAUAUCGAAGACGCUGGUGAGUCGAUAAAUGAACCUCCUCAGUCUCAAGAUACAUAUGAGAGUGAAAAUCACCGUUUAUUCAAUGAAAUACAAUUGAAAGGACGUCCAACAAUGAGAACAGGACUUUUUGGUUGGUUUGGCGAAAAAGUGGAUGCCAUUGAUUACUUGACUCAACAGUUAAACUUUAUUGAUGAAGAGAUCGUCAAGGCUCGUCAAAAACACUAUUCGCCAACACCAACAGCAUUUAUAACAAUGGAUUCCGUGGCAAAUGCUCAGAUGGCAGCACAAGCUUUACUGGAUCCAGGGGUACAUUGCUUCAUUGCCAGACUUGCUCCUGCCCCUCAUGACAUAAAAUGGGAUCAUGUUUGUUUAUCUCGGAAAGAAAGGCUCGCGAAAAGUUAUUCGGUAACUAUUUUCAUUGGUUUAUGUACAAUAUUUUUGAUUCUUCCUGUAUCAUAUUUGGCAACAUUAUUGAAUAUAAAGACAAUUACCAAGUUUUGGUCUGGUUUAGCCAAAUUUUUAGAGGGUAAUGAAUGGGCUCUCAAUAUCGUUACAGGAUUGUUACCUUAUAUUUUCACCUUGCUUAACGUAGGAAUCCCAUAUUUAUAUGCGCAUUUAACUUCCAAGCAAGGAUUGGUUUCGCAUAGCGAAGAAGAGUUAUCAUUAGUAUCAAAGAAUUUCUUUUAUGUUUUUGUUGACUUAUUCCUAGUUUUUACUUUGGCGGGAACUGCUUCGACUUAUUGGGGAUAUUUAAGCGACACAACAAAAAUAGCCUAUCAGCUAGCUGCUUCUGUAAAGGAACUGUCACUCUUCUAUGUUGACCUAAUAAUUUUACAGGGUAUAGGGUUUUUCCCUAUUAAGUUGUUGUUGGUGGGAUCUUUGAUUGGCUUUCCCUUCGUGAAAAUUACAUGCAAGACCCCCAGACAAAGACGAGAAAUGUUUAAUCCUCCAAUUUUCAAUUUUGGCUUACAAUUACCUCAACCUAUCGUGGUGCUUAUAAUCACAAUAAUCUACAGUGUUAUGAGUACGAAAAUAUUGGCUUCUGGGUUGGUUUAUUUCAUCAUUGGAUAUUACGUAUACAAAUAUCAACUAGUAUAUGCCACUGACCACCUUCCACAUGCAACAGGUAAAGUUUGGCCUUUAGUUUUCAGAAGAGUAAUUAUGGGACUGCUGCUUUUCCAAUUAACAAUGGCUGGUACAUUGGCUGGUUUCCAAGGCGGCUGGGUUUUAUCUUCCUGCCUGUUUCCUUUGCCCCUGAUUACAAUUAGCUUUUUGUGGGAUUUCGAAAAAAACUAUUUACCUUUAUCUCAGUUCAUUGCGCUGAGUUCCAUUAGAGAGAAUGAAAGAGACCGUGCAAAUUUUCCGGAUUCUGCCGAUGUUAAUGACAACUUUGACUAUCCAUAUCUAGUCUCUCCACUAGAAGGUCCAAUGUUAGAAUGA